GCCAAAAAUGUGAAGGCCCAAUUACCUUUCCAAUGUCUAUUAUCAUCCCAGAAAACAUCACUCCCUCAAUUACCCUCCCCUCCCGGAAAGCCAAGCCACACUGAACGCCGACGUAAUGGACCUCCCCGCUCCUCAGAAACGAAAACGCUCCCCCUCUCCCCCGUCGCCGCCAUCGCUUCAACCCUCCGCCGCCCCCAUUGACCUCUCACUACUUGAAGCACUUGAGAAAUCCCAACAGAACGCCGUCGAAACCCUCGACCUUAAAACCCUAAAAAAGCUUGCCUUAUCCUUGGAGCGCCGCCUCAACGCCAACACCGCCGCCCGCCUCAAGUACCCAGACAACCCAGACAAGUUUGCUGAAUCCGAACUCGAGCUCCACGACGAGCUCCAGAAGCUCAAAAUCCUCGCCGGCGCACCAGAGCUGUACCCGGACCUUGUCAGCCUCGGAACCGUUAAUUCAAUCACUGGACUCCUCAACCACGACAAUACAGACAUUGCUAUUGAUGCCGUCACGCUCUUGCAGGACCUCACUGAUGCUGAUGUCAUCGAAGACAACGACGAGCCGGCGCAGGUGCUUGUUGACGCGCUCAUAGAGAAUAAUGCGGUCGAAUUGCUUGUGCAGAAUUUAGCUCGGUUGAAUGACUCCGACCCCGAUGAAUCAGCUGCCAUCUAUAAUACAUUGUCCACUAUCGAGAACCUCAUUGAGGUCAAGCCUUCUGUGUCUGAGCUAGUUUGCGAGAAGACCAAGUUAUUGAAAUGGCUUCAGGCGCGGAUUAAGAUACGUGAAUUUGAUAGUAAUAAGCAGUAUGCAUCUGAGAUUCUGGCAAUUUUGUUGCAGAAUAGCAUUGCUAAUCAGAAGAGGUUUGGUCAGAUGAACGGAGUUGACACAUUGUUGCAGGCCGUGGCUAUGUAUAAGUCUAAGGACCCGAAGACGGGUGAUGAGGAGGAGAUGGUGGAGAAUUUGUUUGACUGUUUGUGUUGCUUGUUAAUGCCAUUGGAGAAUAAGGAGAGGUUUGUGAAGGCAGAAGGGGUGGAAUUGAUGAUCAUUAUUAUGAAUCAGAAGAAAUUGUGUUAUGGGUCCGCAAUCAGGGCUUUGGAUUUUGCCAUGACUAAUUAUCCGCCUGCAUGCGAGCGGUUUAUUGAUGUGAUGGGUCUAAAGACUGCAUUCCCUGCUUUUAUGGGUAAGAUACCUUUGAGCAAGAAGAACAAGAAAAAACGCUAUAAAGAAGAGUUGGAGGAACGUCUGAUAUCACUAAUUGCGUCACUAUUUGGUGGGAUCUUGAGGGGUUCUAGAAGGGAAAGAUUGUUAAGUAAAUUUGUGGAGAAUGAAUGUGAGAAGAUAGACCGGCUUAUGGAACUCUACGUGAGAUAUUCAGAUAGAGUCAAAGCAGAGACUGAACGGCUCAAUGAACUAGAACUUGACGAUCUUGAGAUUGAUGAAGAGGAGAAAUAUAAUAGAAAGCUAGACUCUGGACUCUAUACUCUUCAGUUAAUUGCUGUUAUUCUGGGGCAUUUGUGGACAUCCGAGCACUCCCGAAUGAGAGCAAGAAUUGAGCUAUUAUUGAAGCAGCAUAAGUUAACUAAGAAGGAUGUUAAAGAUAUACUUCAGGAAUACCACGACAAUAUCGGUGAUCUUGAUGGGCCGGAAGAGAAGGAAAGGGCACAGUCAAAGAUCUUAAAAUUCAUUUCUGCUUUUACAUGAAAGUCAAAACUAAUGGAGUCGGAGAACGCGACCGUGUUCUGUUCUCAACUGUCGUGUUGGCAGAUUUGGCACGGUCUGAUCCAUAAACUGUAUCCUCUAUAGAUUCUUUGCUUUCUUCAUAUUGGGUUACCACCAGCACCAAGUCCUCGGGUCAGCUCUUGCAAGAUGCUGUAGGGGAACUGGCGACAGACGUCCUCAUGGCCUGAGUAUCAGUGUUAACAAUCCACAACUCAACCCCCUUCAUUGCACUCUCUCUAUCAUACCAUUGACUGCAUUUGAGGCUGAGCUAUAUAUUAAUCGGAAUAUUGUAACAUCGAAAGAUUUUAAUAUAUAAUUGUGGGGUUAAAUUGA